UCGGUCUACAAAGGGCCGUGCUGGCUCAUUGGUUAAGUGUUGCCAGCUCUUCUGAUUUCAUCACGAGAGCCCUGAUAGUGGGCGCUAAGCUCUGGUUCCUGGAUUCACUUAUCAGCUCUACAGCAGCUGGCUCCCUUCCCAAACAAGUGAAAAUAGUUGAAGUUGGCCCAAGAGAUGGACUGCAGAAUGAAAAAAAUAUUGUCCCUACACAGGUGAAAAUCAGCUUAAUUAAUAUGCUGUCUGAAACAGGACUUCCGGUCAUAGAGGCUACCAGUUUUGUGUCUCCCAAAUGGGUUCCUCAGAUGGCUGACCACACAGAAGUCUUGCAGGGAAUUCAGAAAUUUCCUGGUGUCAGCUACCCAGUACUGACCCCUAAUCUUAAAGGAUUUCAAGCAGCGGUGGCAGCAGGGGCCAAAGAGGUGUCUAUCUUUGGAGCAGCUUCUGAACUCUUCACUAAGAAGAACAUUAACUGUUCCAUAGAGGAGAGUUUGCAGAGGUUCAGUGAAGUGAUGCAUGCAGCAGGAGCAGCCAGUGUUCCAGUCAGAGGGUAUGUUUCUUGUGUUCUUGGUUGUCCCUAUGAAGGAAAGAUUGCCCCAGCUAAAGUUGCAGAGGUGUCCAAGAAGAUGUACUCAAUGGGGUGCUACGAGAUUUCUCUGGGUGACACCAUCGGUGUUGGGACCCCUGGGAGCAUGAAGGAAAUGCUCUCUGCAGUCAUGAAAGAGGUACCCGUUGGGGCCCUUGCUGUUCACUGUCAUGAUACCUAUGGGCAGGCUCUCGCCAACACCUUAGUAGCACUUCAGAUGGGUGUGAAUGUGGUCGAUUCCUCAGUUGCUGGUCUCGGAGGCUGCCCGUACGCACAAGGAGCCUCAGGAAAUGUCGCUACAGAAGACUUGGUGUACAUGCUACAUGGCCUGGGGAUUCAUACCGGAGUGGAUCUACAGAAGCUGAUGGAGGCAGGUGUGUUUAUCUGCAAAGCACUGAACAGAAGAACCAGUUCCAAAGUGGUUCAGGCUUCCUGCAAACUGUGACACGGAUCAGUUUCUCCUCCGACAAGUCAGCAAAGAAAGCCUCGGUGCAGAUCUGGAGCCCUGCCAAGUUUACAUUUGCUGCCUGGGUUGUGCUUAAAUAUUCCCUUUUGCGCUCUGGACUUGGUGAAUGGGAGAUUAUAUAUAGUAAAAUCUACAAAGAAAUGAAAUAAACAAGAAUGCUAUAGCAGACCUAGAUGAACAUGUUACACCUCUUUAAGGAGAGAGGGGAGCUGGCCUCUGACAGUGCCGUCAUGAAAUGGACAAACUUGUAUCUGAGGGAAGAGUAAGGGACACAACCGUUGCUUUUACGCAGAGAACAGAAGGCAGUAGGCACCUCGGAAACUUCUUUGAGCUUUCUUGAUGGGGGUAAUGGGUUUUUUUGUUUGAGGUUAACAUGGAGCUCAGAAGAGCAUCCACUCAGGUUAAUUACCACCUCCAGGGGAUUGUCAUCGUAGGACUAACACUACAGUGUACCCAGUUAGAGCACUUUCCUUGGGUCAGACUGGUUUUAGCUUCUCAGAACUGCAUGGAGCAAUCCUCUCCUUGCAACACGAGCAAACAGAUUGAAAACACAAGGAAGCACCUUUAUUCUAUAGAUCGGAGUGAAUAUCAAGGAUGUAGCUCCAGCUUUGGAUCUUAGCUCUUAGUAUUCAGUAGUGGAGGAUGGUAUGGGUCAAAAGAUGCUUUUCAGGUAAUUGUCAGUUGUGUUAGGGAAAGAUACAGAUUUUAUCAUCUGAAAUAUUAGAGUAGCAAAAAUCUGGUGUAAUUAAACGGGGGAAAGAACAACUUAGUAUUAAGUCUGUGACAGGAAAUCCUAUCAAGAUAACUACUGUGUGAGCAGCAUGCGAAUGGGAGAGUGUGGAAGAAGUGCCUUAUGGUUACAGGACUGCAGAGAAAAUCUAGACCAGGGGUUCUCAAACUUCAUUGCACUGUGACACCCUUCUGUCAAUAAAAAUUACUGCAUGACCCCAGGAUGGGGGACCAAAGCCUGAGCCUGCCCGAGCCCCGCUGCCCCAGAUGGUGGGGCCAAAGCCUGAGCCCCACCACCCCGGGUGGCAGGGGCCAAAGCCCUCAGGGCUUCAGCUUCGGUCCCGGAUGGUGGGGUUUGGCUUUAGCCCUGGGCCCCAGUAAGUCUAAGACAUCCCUGGUGACCUCAUUAAAAUGGGGUCACGACCCACAGUUUGAAAAGCACUGAUCUAGACCAACAGGGCAAGAAGAAAUUAAACAGAACUAGUAUAAUUUCUGUACUUUGCUUGAAUUUCUCAUGUCAGCUGGAAUUGUCAGCCAUUCAGUUUCUAUGGAACUCUUUUUAUCACUGAACAAAUUAUUAAAUGCUUUUUCAUAAAAGUAUGGAUAAUUAAAAAGAGCCUGAGCCAAUUACUAAUACACAAAACUUGUAUUGAUGGCAGGUAGGCAUCUGUUUCAUGGCUAACCUCUCUAUUACGUACGUUCCACUGGGAUGAUCUUUACGGCACCAACAUCCUUUUUGCAAAACACUGGCAUCAUAAAUGUUUAUGUAACAUCAGUAAAUUAUAAAUAAAUAAAUUAAAAAUGA